AUGAGGAGACGAAAGGGAAGAGAGGAAGAAGGCCGAAGGGAGGCGAGAGGGCAGGGCGAGAAGGAGGAGAGGAAAAAAGGCCAGCAGGACGCGGACCGGGACAGAGCGCAGAAGGCGCGGGGCGGCAGCCCAAGGGGAGGCGGGGGGGCCGCCAGGAAGCGGCGAAGGAGGCCAACGCCAAAAGAAAGAGCGGGCCGGGGGCCACCAGAGACCGCAAACGCCCAAGGAAGCGGGGAGAAGCGGGAACAGGCACAGGCGGACCACACGCAGCGGGGGACACCGGGAACGGGGCAGCGAACGGAGGGGAAACGGGGGGGGAGGGGCCAGGGGGAACGGGGGCAAAAGAGCAGCAGCAGACGGCGGCGGGGAAAGAAAGAGGCCACCAGCCAGCGGAACAACCGCAAGGCCAAGAAAGGAAGACAGAAGGCCCAGAGCAGGGCAGGGCAAACCGCGGAAGGAGGGCCGCCCGGAAGGCGGAGAGGAGCGGCAAGGGGGGCCAGGAAAAACCAGAGCAGCAACAGACAGACAGAGGAGAACAAGAGCACCAGAAGCCGGGCAGGGGACAGACAAAGGGGGGCAGGAGGACAGCGCAGAAAACCACGGGCAACAAAAGAGGAGGCAAGGCAACCAGACCACGCCCGAGGCGCGGGCGGGAAGCCAGACAAGGCGGGGCGCAACCGGGACACGGGAGGGGCCGCCCCGGGCGGCAGAAAGCCGGCAGGGGGCGCAACAGAGAGGGCGGCGGCAAGAAAACCAGGCAAAAAAGCAGACGGGACAGCCAGGGGAGGCAAGGGCCAAGCAGGGGGAGCAGCAAGAGAAAGAACCAGGCGAACGGGAGCAAGGCGACGGACAGGAGCAAAAACCGCAAAAGAAGCAAGACCGGGGGGCGGCGGGGAACCCGGGGCGACGAACCGGGCCGGAAAACGGGCAAGGGCGCCAGGGGACGGGGACGGCGGGCGGGAAACCCACGGCACGCCAAGGGGCGGCGGGCCAGGAGGGAAAGCGGGGAACGCCCAGGGACCAGGCGGGCAAGGGCACGGAGCGCCGCAGCCAGCGCCGGAAGCCAAGGAGGGGCGGGAGCAGCCGCCGCAAAAGGGAAAGGAGCACAAGCGGCAAAGAGAGCAAAGGGAACAAGCGCGGCAGCAGACAGGGCAGGAGCAGGACCCAAAACAGAAGCGGGCAAGCGAGCGGGGAAGGGGCGCGCGCGCGGAGAGCGGCGAACGGACGACGCGGGCGGGGAAGGAGACGGGACAGGAGCGGGAAGCGGGGGCGCGGCAACAAGAGGGGCAACAAGCAGGAAGAACAACGGAACGGGCAGCGGGAGCGAACCAAGCCCAGGCACCAGAGGCAGCAAAAGGGACAGCACGACGGAGAACAACCGGGGAGGGGCAGGAGGGGAGAGGGGAGAAGCCGGGGAAGCGGCACGAGAACCAAGGAAGAGGCACGGCGCACCGGGAGCAGCCAACGGCGGGCGCAAGGGAGCGGGCACAGGGGCAGAGGCCAAACAGCCAAAAACCGGGAGAGAGGGGAGAGAGGGGGGGCGCCCACGCCAAGCGGCGGCGGGGGCGGAGCACGGACACGCGGAGGGGGACACCGAGGCAACACAGAGACAGCACAAGCAACAGCGGCGGCCCAAAAAGGCGGAGGCAGAGCGGGGAGGGCAACAGGCACCGCACCAGAGCCAGGAGAGACCGAGGCGGCCGCGCAGCCACGCCGGGGGGGGGGGAGGGGAGCGAGCGGGCAGGGGGGGCGGAAGACCCGGCGGCGGCAGAAAAGGAGCACAAGCAAGAGAGGCGGGACCGCGAGCAGGGCGCAAGAGGGGAAGGCAGAACCACGGGGCGGGGCAACAAAAGCCGGAAAGGGGGGAAAACAGCACAGGCGGCAGACGGGGGCGGCAGAAAGGAAACCCAGGGGGGCCGACGGAAAGCAGCAAGGAAAGGAAGAAAGGACGGACAACCGCCAGGGGAGGGAACCGCCAACGAACACAGGGCGGAGGGAACAAGCGCCAACGGGGGGGAGCGCGCCGGGACGGGCCCACGGGAAAGGGAGCGCGAGGCGGCGGCCCAAGCACACAAAGCGCACAGAGACGAGCAGGGACAGGCACAACAGGGAAAGCAGAAACAAGGGCCGGGCGCGCAAGAGAGGGGAAGCCAGAGAAAGGAAAAGGCCCAAACCGCAGAGGCCAGAACCAAGGAGCAGCACAAACGGCAGAAGGAAAGCAAGCAAGGAGAGGAGGCGGAAGGGGCAAAGGAAAGAGGCGAGGGGGGACAGAGGGACCGGGGCAAGCAAAACGCCGGGAGCAGCGGCAAGGGGACAACACCCCGGAGCAAGAGGGAGCGGAGAGCCGGGGGCGGACAACGGACCCAGACGCAACAAAGGGGGGGGAGGGCAGGAACAGAGAACACAGCGGAGAGAAAAGGGGGAGGACCAGCCGGCAACGGAAGAGAGAGGGGACCGGGGCCCAAAAGGGGCACCGGGGACGGAGGGCCAAAGGGCACGGCAGACCGGACGGAGGCAGCCAGGGCAGAAAACAAG